AUGGUGGGAACAUAUGAGCAUUUUGUUGCCUUUUGCACUGAUCUUAUCGGCAUCGAGCGAAUUCUCCGUGGUUUUCAAGCGAUAUGCUCUCUUUUAGUCUGGUACCCGGCUCUAUUUGCCCUUGUCCAGCCUAAGGUGUCAUCAACAUUAUCUCUCCGCGUUCUUGGUGGCCAGAUCAAUGUCUCCCGACGUUUCAUUCGGUUCUUCCGCUUUUUGGACACUUUUCGCGCAGGGUGGCUCGUCUACGUCGCUCAAGGCGAUAAGAGCAUUGAUAUGUGGCUCGAUAUCAUUAGCAAGACCUGCUUCGGCAUGUUCGGCAUGAUGGAGACUUUGACUCUUCUUGAUCUCUGCGACAUCGAAAACCUCCGUAUCUUUAGUCCUGAGAAGUUCCAGGAGAUUGAUUACCAGUCGCAACUUUUCUGGUUCGCUGGAUUGUACACUUCUGUUCUUGUCACGGUUAUCAGACUGUAUCGACUAGUCGCUGGUACUCCUGCGUCUGUCAAGCGUGAGACUGUUAGCAUCAGCUCUACCGAAAAACCAGCCGAGCUUAUUACUACAGAGAAGGAGACUGCGGUUCUCUCUGAGAAGAUGACCAAGGAAGAUCUCGACAAAGAGCGUGAGCGUCUCAAGAGCAUUGUCAAUAAACGCAAGAUCGAGAGACGUGCUUGGAUGAAGAAGUUUAAGAGUGAAGGCUACACUCUCCUCCGCGCUCUCGUUUCUGAUCUCCUCGAUAUGCUUCUUCCCACAACUACAGUUGGAUGGGUCAAGCUUGAGCCCGGCUUGGUUAGUUUAGCCAUGUUCUUCACCACCUUUACUACAGGUCAGGCUGUAUGGGAGAGGGUUGGACAGAAUCUUCAGCGACAGAAGCAGUAG